AUGGCCACUGCCGGCGCCCCCAUCCGCGCAAUCCGCCGCCGCCGCUCCCCGGCGUCGGACGCCCCUCCCCCACACACACCUUCAUGCGUCCCCGCCGCGCCGCCACCAGAUCCGGCCGGGGCGACGCCGAAUCUGGUGGCCCUCGCCGCCGUCACCGUGCAACCGCCCGCCGCCGACGAAGAGGCUUCGGGGGAGCCGAAGCGGCCGCACCCGCCCCAAGCCGCCGGAGAAAGGGGGAAGGCCCCGCCGCCGCCUUCACCGUGGGCCGCCGAGCUUUCGGCGACCCGCUCCGGCGGCGGCGCAGCGGGAGGGAGGGGUAGCGGGAGGAGCAGCGGUUAG